UCUUGAGCUUCUUUGCAGCAUGUCGGUCAUCUUCACUCCUGACUGGCUACGCUGCAAGGCCAAGGUCAACCAGGAGACUAUCCAACGGCUCCUGGAGGAGAAUGACCAGCUGAUCCGCUGUAUCGUGGAGUAUCAGCACAAGGGCCAAGCAAACGAGUGCGUCCAGUAUCAGCGUGUGUUACAUUUAUUUAUUUGAAAUCUCAUUUAUUUAGCUACCAUCGCAGAUGCCAAUGCAAGCAGUCCUACAAAGGCGGUGGAGUAA